CUGGCAGCACUGGUUGAAACUGACAACGAUAACUACGUGGCCGCAGCUGGUAUUGUUAAAUUUGUUUAAAAUUCCUGUAGAAAAAGUGAACAAAUGCCAACAAUGCUGGGAAAAAUUAUAUUUACAUUGACCAGCCUGUUACUGCUGGCCGCACAGUUUGGCGAGGCCUUUAUAGUCAGCGUGGACGCGCACAACGAAGAAUGUUUCUUCGAGAAUGUUGAAGGUGGCACCAAGUUUGGUGUUACAUUUGAGGUAAUCGAUGGCGGCUUCCUAGAUGUGGAUAUUAAAAUCACUGGGCCCGACAACAUUGUUUUGCACGAGAGCGAAAAGGAGUCUUCCGGCAAAUAUACAUUUGCUGCCCCCGCCAAGGGAAUCUACACGAUUUGCUUCAACAACGAGCGCAGCAGCAUGACCCCCAAACUGGUUAUGUUCUCCAUAGAUGUAGGCGAGACACCCCAGCGGGCACCCGGCGCUCCCGGUGAAGAGGAGGCUGGCCACACCAAGCUGGAAGACAUGAUACGCGAGCUAUCGGGCACAUUGACCAGUGUCAAGCAUGAGCAGGAAUACAUGCAUGUUCGUGACAAAAUUCAUCGAUCGGUGAACGAAAGCACCAACUCCCGUGUGGUUCUGUGGUCCACAUUUGAGGCUUUGGUCUUGGUGCUGAUGACCGUCGGUCAAGUGUACUAUCUGAAACGUUUCUUCGAGGUCAAGCGGGUGGUGUAAAUGUGAAAAGAAAGUGUGAAUUAUGUUAAGAAGGAUGCUAGUAGAUGGAAGGACGUAUAGAACGAGUAAACAACAAGUCUCAGCCUAAUUUAAAUGAUUAACUAAAUCCUCUUUUUUUUGUAAUAAAAUUUAAAAGUAAACAAAAAUAUGCAGAUGU